UUCCCCUACGCUCAGAUCGGUUUGUGUCUCCUCUUUCAAAGGACGCAAGGGUGGGAACAAGUCGCCCAACAAAGCAUGUUACAGUGCAGACAUGACUUGUCCGUCAGACAGCGAGAAAAUCGUAAUAAACUGCGGAGGGGUGCGACACGAGACUUACCGCAGCACCCUCAAGACGUUGCCCGGUACCCGCUUAUCUUGGCUUACCGAUCCGGACGCGUUUAGCAACUUCGACUAUGACCCCAAAAUCGACGAGUUCUUCUUCGACCGCCACCCCGGCACAUUCACAUUCAUUCUCAACUACUACCGCACAGGCAAGCUUCACUGUCCCAACGAUGUGUGCGGCCCACUGUUCGAGGAGGAGCUCGCCUUCUGGGGCAUCGACGAGACGGACGUGGAGGCGUGCUGCUGGAUGAACUACCGUCAACACAGGGAUGCCGAAGAGGCGCUGGACAGUUUCGAGCAGCCCGAGCCAGAGGAGCCGGAAGACGACCUGGAGCUGACUGCGGAUGGAGAGCUCAAGAGGCUGUGCCUGCACGAAGACGGACGCAAGAGGAGCUGGUGGAGUGUGUGGCAACCCUAUUUCUGGAAUCUUUUUGAGGAUCCGUAUUCUUCCAAGAAUGCCAAGUACUGUGCGUUCCUCUCCCUUCUGUUCAUCCUCAUCUCCAUCACCACCUUCUGCCUGGAGACGCACGAGGCCUUCAACACCAUCUACAACAAAACAGAAAACGUGACGGUGGGCAAUGUGACAAGUCAGGAGAUAGUCUACGAGGUGGUGACCGAUGGCUGGCUCACCUAUGUGGAGGGAACGUGCGUCAUCUGGUUCACCAUUGAGGUCAUGAUGCGCGUGAUCUUCUGCCCCUGCAAGAAGGAGUUCUUCAGUAGCACCCUCAAUAUCAUUGACUUUAUUGCCAUCAUGCCCUUCUACCUGGAGGUGGCGCUGAGCGGCCUGGAUUCCAAAGCCGCCAAAGACGUGUUGGGCUUCCUGCGAGUGGUGCGCUUCGUCAGGAUCCUGCGUAUCUUCAAGUUGACUCGUCACUUCGUGGGUCUGCGGGUGCUGGGCCACACGCUCCGCGCCAGUACCAACGAGUUCCUCCUCCUCAUCAUCUUCCUCGCCCUCGGGGUGCUCAUCUUUGCCACCAUGAUCUACUAUGCCGAGCGCAUCGGUGCCGACCCUGACGACCCUACGGCCGCCAAACACACAAACUUCAAGAACAUCCCCAUUGGCUUCUGGUGGGCUGUGGUCACCAUGACCACUCUGGGCUACGGGGACAUGUACCCCGAGACGUGGUCGGGGAUGCUGGUGGGUGCACUGUGCGCCCUUGCGGGGGUGCUGACCAUCGCCAUGCCUGUGCCUGUCAUCGUCAACAACUUUGGCAUGUACUACUCACUGGCCAUGGCCAAGCAGAAGUUGCCCAAGAGGAAGGGCAAGCACAUCCCUCGGCCCACCAUGCCGGGCUCGCCCAACUACUGCAAGCCAGACGCCCUGGCCAUGGCCACUGCCGGGCCGGGUAUGGUGAGCUCAGGCAGCCUGGGGGGAGGGGACUGCCCUCUGGCCCAGGAGGAGAUCAUCGAGAUCAACAGGACAGAUUCCAAGCAGAAUGGCGAUGCGGCCAACGCAGCCCUGGCUAAUGAGGACUGCCCCACCAUAGACAUGGUGCUUGGGGAGGAGAGGAGUCCUGCUGCUGGGGGUCUGGGCACCGGCGGAAGCCGUGAGCGCUAUCCCCAUGACCGCGCCUGCUUCCUCCUCAGUACCGGAGAGUUCCGUGCUACAGACGGCAACGUGAGGAAAGACGCUGCAGCGGCCAGCCCGGCAUCCCCCCCAGGAGAGGAGUGGUUCAAGCCGGAGGGGCCUCUGCUACAGCAGGACCUCAAUGCAAACUCAGCCUCCUCCUGGAUCAAACCAUAGCGAAUCAGAGUGUUGAGUUUCUAAAAUGUCCCUUUCUGUCCAAGAAGAGGAACAACCUUAGGACACAAUUCACCCAGAACUCCCUACUGGAUUCACUGUAGGCUGAAGGGAUACGUAACCGGAGAAAGAGAGAGAAAAAAAAGGAGAGAGAGCGAGAGAACGAAAGAAAGAGAGAACUGAAGGCGAUGAUGAGCGGAUGAUAGAAGACAAAGAGAGUCAAAAAGAUUUGUUCAUCCCUCCACGCCAGAAGCAUCCUUCGUUCCUGUGGACUCCUCAAUCAGCACCAUCCCUUAGAAAACAAACUCCAGACCAAUGUGACAGACUUACUUACAGUGACUCUGAGUACCUGGAAAAGCAUCACACUGAAACACAUACCUUAUGUCAGCAUACUUUACAGAGUCUUAUUAUACUAAGUCAUUGACAUGGAAAUCCCAGAAAAACAAUAAAAGAAACAAACAAUAGAACAGAAUGCCCCUAGGAAAGAGCCAAAGGGUUAUGGGAUAGUAGGACAAUGUUCCACAACUUGGUUGUCAUCCAACUGUGUCAUAGACAAUGUAUGCUUUAACCCACUGUCAAAUGUUCCCUUAGACAAAUUACAUCUUACCGGCUCUCAGAUAUAGUAUAUUCAAUUGUUUUUAAAUCUUCCUAUUUAGUACUUCAAAGAUCGGACAUAUGGUAGGGUAGGCUAUAUAAACAAACUACUGCAGUGGUCUGAGAUUACUCAACAUAGUCAGCGUGGAUGUGACUACAGAAAAGGAGAGCCAGGUGCUAGCCAAUGGCAAAAUACAUUUACAUAACAGUAAUUCUACUGUUUUACAGCCAAACACUAUGCAAAGCUAUGAGGCUGAACAACCAUUGCGUCCAGUGACUCUUGAGUCGGCCCACUAUGGUGACACUACCUUCUUAUGUUCAGUCAGUCACACUUGUUGGACUGUUUUCAUUGAUUGACAGCCCUCCUCUUACCUCUCACAAGAGACACACUUCAGAAGAUGCUGAAUUAUGGGCCCCAAUAGUAGAGCAACCAGGCAUAUAGUAUACCAGGCCAUUGGCCAUUUCAUAUAAACCUGUGCGUAGAUCUGAAAUACGAUACACUCCCUGACUGACUGAUGCUGACUCGUGUUGCAUGAGAGUGUGUCGGCUGACCCUAACAGAUCUACUCAUCGACCACUUUGAAGGAUUUGGACCUAAAGAAAACCAGUGUGUGUGUGCGUGUGCGCGUGUGUGUGCUGAAGAGUUGAGGAGGACGCCAAAGGAGAGACACUGGAAGCAUGACCACAACGCGCAUGCCAAGAACGGAAGCGACAGCUGGAAAACAAGGACAUACAUUGCCCUCACUUUCUCGCUCUCAAUCUCUCCCUCUCUUUAUCUCCACCCCUCUGCAUCUCAGCAUUGCUCCUCCUCCGUAGCAAACUGCAUGGCAUGAUCGAAAAAACCUGAAGAACGAAACGUAGAGAACAAAAGGAUGGAGAGAGAGACCAGAGAGACUUUAUUUUUUAAACCAAACAAUCAUUGUCACAUCAACCUUUUUCAAAAAUAUCCAAUUGGUAACUAUUUGCAAGUGUCAAGAUAACAAAUGGUCAACUGCUCGUUGAGAGAGUGGCUACUGUAAAGGUCUCUCUCCUUUCUGUAGAAAGGAGGAUGAUCAAAGAGCACUGCACCUCUGGGGGGAUCAGAAAGGUUCACAAGGAAGUGCGAGAAAAUAGCGGGAACAGGGUGAACUUUGAUAAACAAUUCCGGGAAAAAAGUGAAAAUGCAUUUUUAUUACUUUGUUUACCAGCAUGACUAUUCUGCAUGAGUCUACUUCUGCAAGCCCUCACCCCACCCCCUCCGUAAAAAAAGAGGGCUAGGAAUUGAAAAAAUUAACAAAAUCGAGAGGAAACAAAAAAUAUUUAUGUUAUAUGCAACUAAUAAAAAAUAAAAAAGAGCAGGAUUAUAUUAAAAAAAAGAUCUAUAUUUUGUUUUGGGAUAAUAAAAAAGGAAUAACGAAAAAAAAAAUAGGAUUGCAAGAUACACAUUGAACAAUGUUUUCUUAGAUAAAUAAGAUACAAACACCACCAAAUCUACCAGAGAUGAACUAUGCGAUGAACUUCCCCUGAUACUACAACUACUCUACUACUCCUUUGAUGACUACUCUUCUUGUGCUCUGCUACUUCUUCGUCUACUGCUCUCACGCUCUGGUCCUACCGCCCUGAUUGCGUCCCCUGCUGCCAAUUCUCUGUCUUCCACCCCACUGUCCAUCCAGGUCCCCUCUCCACUGUCUGUCUGUAUAACUAUGUUUAGUUGUACUGUACUCAGAUGCGAUGGGUCAUAUUCACUAGGAUCCAAACGGAAGCAAACAGCUCGGAACGGGAGGGACUAUCCCUGAACUUGUCUAACACGUUUUCCGCUGCAAAGCUGUUUGCUACGGUGUGCACUAAUGAAUACGACCAUGAUGGACUCUGUUGUUGUUCUUUCAGUCUCGUGCUCAAGGUGGGAGAUGGCAGCUUCACCACCAGGACGCGGUUGUAGACUAUAAGAUCUCGGCUAACUAAAGCAGUGUAGCGAUACCUAGCGGAGAUCAAACCUCACACCGUCCCCAGGCUAAUUGCCUACAGCGCAUUGGGAGAAAGUAUCUGAUCAAGUGAACGAGAUUCGCGAUGACCUAAUACAAGAAAUUACAUCGAUUGGAUCGUGUCGCCCAAUAAUACUGUAGCUCUGACCCUGUACUGUAGCUAGCUAGCACCUGUAGCACUCUGCACUGACUGGCCAGAUAGUGUCAUAUUAGCUCAGCUCUGAUAUUGUAGCUAUACGAUGCAUAGCUUUGUACUGCUAUGACAUAAUGUACUGUAGGCCUAUCUCCGUGAUUAUAGGGAUGUGCAUAACGUGUCGUUGUGGCAUUUAACAUACACCCCCCCCCCCCAAGCUCGCUAACUAUACAGCUCUUGUGAUGGUCAACAGUGUUUGUUUUACACAUACUGGUGACCCUGGCGUUGGUGAAGCAGCCAUCUUUGCUCCAUUUCCUCAGGUGGGGAUAGCAUAUUUCCAGGAAAACUGCUGUUCAAAUAUGCAUGAAGGGAACGCCGAACGGUCUAUCUAUGCUAUCAUAUUGAGCUUAUCUAGAUAAAUUGUUGCUGUUUCUGUUGAUGAACAAAAGCUCAUGUUGACCUUCCACCACCACGGCCUGUUUUGCAGUAUGGCUGGAUGCAUCGCACCAGGCACCUCACCACACUCAACAACAGAUUUUUUGGUUUUAUUUCCCCCUGUUUUUCCAUGUUUAUUUUCAAGUGAAAACUAAUGUUGCUAUGUUCAGUUUCUAGGCCUGUAUGUAUAGGUCAUAUCUCGCCAGUCACCGCAAACCCUUAGCUAGGCCUACAUCAGAGUUUAGAUAAUAUGCUGCUGAUGUAGCCUACUCUUUGUCGCCCUCUACUGGGCUCCAGUGCAUUGCGCGGGAUGUAGUUUAUCCCCCCCAGUGAAGUGUCAUCAUCUGAGCCGUGGUUAGUCUCUGGUGACACUCUGGUCUAGCCGAGUGUUCCAGCAGAGCAGGAUUCAUCUCAAUGGUGGUAUUUAAUGUUACAUGGAGGAGGAGGCGUGUUAAUUAUGUUUGGGGGUGGGGGGUUAAAAUUACGUCACAGACCGUGUCAAAUACAAUUUGGGUCACAUUCAUUUGCAUAUUGCUAGUUUAUAUUUUUGUCUCAAAUGAGUGUUAACUUGCCAAAACUGUUGCUUUGUUUUUGUUUGUUUUAUUUGUUAUUACGCAAUGAUGAAGAUUUUGAUGAUGUUCCAGAGAUACUGGGGGCUAACUGUACUGAGAACUGAGCAACUACCUAUGCAAGAGUUUGACUGUAGCAUAUGAUUAUACUUCAGUGUUUCAUUGUGCCAAAGGAGUUCAGUGUGUUGGGUCUGUCUGUUGUGUGGCAGUGCAAGAAUGGGGCAGGGUAAUGGUGGGGAAAAAGGGGCAGCUACUAUAUCUAGCAUGGUGCAUUGUUUACUGAAGUAAAUGGGGGUGUGGGGGUUAAAGUAAUUAGAAUAGGGGCUCCCCUGAAGACCCUGGAGUUUGCCACUCACGGUUAUGUCCCUGUCCUCGCAGUUUUCAUUUGAUACACUGGAUCUCUGUCAUUCAUCACCUUGUCUGAUUCCUCCACCUCGACCCCCAUCCCUUUCAUAUUCAUUCCCUCUCUCCCUCUUUCAACUCCUGCCUACUCCUUCUUUCACUCUCUCCCUUUCCAAAAAAGUUUAUUAUGGCACUAUGUUUGUUACCAAAAGAAUGAUUUGAAAUGAUAGAGACAUAAGUAAUCAUAGAUUAUGGAAGGAUGCAUCACUACUAGACGUUUCAUUCUGAAUAUGUAAAUGAUUGUUUGUGGGGUAGAGAAGGAGAGGGAUCGGGUGCAAGGUGGAUGGGAAGAAGAGGGGAAGGGCACAACUGGCUUAGGUACAGCCAAAGACAGAGGUGAAUGGAUCAUACCCCCCCACCAUCCUUCUGGUAGCACAACCCACACAGACCGUUCCAUUUUAAAUGCCGGGGGGGGGGGGG